AGAAGAUUGCCGAUAGGGACUUACCAGACCUGUGGACCCUUCAGGAGGAUGAUAGCCUGCAGGUGCAGGUCCUCAAGCCUGGUUGGAAUGAGUUUGUGCAGCGCAGUGCACUUGGAAGGUUCCAGUGCUCCCAGCGCCUUCGCGAGUGGUCCUCAGCCAAAGUGCACGUCCUCUUCCAGAUGAGCUGGUGCCAGGGACAAGGCAUGGUGUGGGUGCGAGUCUUUCGCCAGGCGUGCAGGCGGUGCUCUGACCCCCAGCUAGAGGAGCCCGAAUUCAGCCAGGAGACCAUGGAGAGGCUUCUGCACAACCUGGUGCUGAAGAUUCUCAAGUACUUCUACCAUGUGCCCAUCCAGCCCUCUGACCUCCUGGAGGUUGUGGUGGAUGAGCAGGUGACAGGGCCACACGACAGCACCCGCUGUGAGGGCUGCCAGGGCUCAGGGGACCUGGAUGGUAUCAUGAAGUUGGGAGGAAACCUGUUGUUCCCCUGCAGCUGA